AAGGUCGCCAUCAUCGGCUCGGGGAACUGGGGCUCGGCAAUCGCCAAGGUUGUCGGGCGGAACCUGCUCGAGCUGGGCGACUUUGAGGAUGAGGUGCGGAUGUGGGUGUACCAGGAGCAGGUGGACGGCAAGAACCUUACCGACAUCAUCAACGAGAAGCACGAGAACGUCAAGUACCUCAAGGGCAAGACGUUCACCAACAACGUCGUCGCCGACCCCGACAUCAUGAGCGCGGUCAAGGGCGCGACGCUGCUCAUCUUUGUGACGCCGCACCAGUUCCUCAAGUUCGACGCGCUGCAGACGGCGGAGCUGGGCCCGGACUGCAAGGCCAUCUCGCUGAUCAAGGGCAUCGAGUUCGAGGAGGGCGGCCCGCGCCUCAUCUCCGGCAUCAUCAAGGACUCGAUGGGAGGCAUGGACACCUCGGUGCUGAUGGGCGCUAACGUCGCCAACGAGGUCGCCGCCGACGAGUUUUGCGAGUCGACCGUCGGAUUCGCCACGGAGGGCGCCGGCGCCGUGUGGCAAAAGCUGUUUGACUGCCCGACGUUCCGCGUGGGCAAGAUCAAGGACGUGGCGGGCGUCGAGCUCUGCGGCGCGUUGAAGAACGUCGUCGCGCUCGGCGCCGGCUUCUGUGACGGGCUCGGGUAUGGCGGAAACACAAAGGCGGCUAUCAUCCGGAUCGGGCUCAAGGAGACGGCCAAGUUCGCGCGCCUCUUCUUCAAGGGGAUCCAGGACGACACCUUCAUGGAGUCGUGCGGCCUGGCCGACCUGGUCACCACCUGCUUCGGCGGCCGCAACCGCGCUUGCGCCGAGGCGUUCGCCAAGGGGGAGGGCACGUGGGACGACAUCGAGAAGAGCAAGCUCAACGGCCAGAAGCUGCAGGGCACAAUCACAGCAAAGGACGUGAUGACGGUGCUCAAGCACAAGAAGCUCGAGGCCCAGUUCCCGCUCUUCGCGCGCAUCUACGAGAUUGCAUUCGAGGGCAAGGACCCAAAGUCCAUCGUCGAGCUCUGAGGCCCCUGUGUGGCCGAGGGCUACGGGCGCUAUUGUGAGCAAGGCGCGAGCUGCUGGCCGGAUCGUGCUGGGGGACGGUCUCGAGCUUGCCUCGCCUCGAGAGCGAGAGCGAGUGCGGAGAUAUGCAUGCAGCAUGGAUUCAUGCGCACGUACCCAGCCGACCUCCGGCACCUAGCCUCCGGCACGGCACGGCCCGAGGGCCGAGGGCGAGGCGGCGCGCCGCCCCGCGCACGCCCGCCGCCGGGCGGGGCCUGUCGACCUCGACAUCGCGCCUGCCUGUGUGUGCUGGGUGUUUUCUUAUCACUUGAUCUUACUCACUUACUCACUAAAU